AUGUCAUCAUCAUCAUCAUUCACAGACAAAGUCUAUACCAUAACCGGCCUCUCAGGCAUUGGCCUCGCCGUGGCACGUCAACUCCACGCCCAAGGAGCUCGUCUCUCUCUUGCGGAUAUAUCCGAAUCCGCGCUGCAGCACGCACGGGCCCAGCUCCCCAACGCCACCGAUGAGAACGUUCUCACCAGAGUCGUUGAUGUUGGAUCCUGCUCGUCUGUGGAAGACUGGAUCGAUGCCACGGUUCGUCAUUUUGGCCGGCUCGACGGCGCGGCAAACAUGGCGGGCAUGAUUGGGAGUAAGCAUGGCACGGGCUCGUUGUUGGAGCAGGAUGAUGCAGAGUGGGAUAUGUUGUUGAGGGUGAAUUUGUCCGGGGUGAUGUAUUGCAUGCGGGCGCAGAUAAGGGCUAUUCAGGGGACGAGUAAGACGGGGAGUAUUGUUAAUGCGGCGAGUAUUCAGGGUCUUAGGGGCUUUGCGUUGCAUGCUGCGUAUUCGGCGACUAAGCAUGGGGUGGUUGGGUUGACGAGGAGUGUGGCUAAGGAGGUGGGGCCGGAAAUUAGGGUUAAUUCUGUUGCGCCUGGGUCGAUUCAGACGCCGUUGUUGGACAGGGCCACGGCCAUUCAAGGAGGGUUCACACCCACGCCGACGGUGAUGCCGCGCGUGGGAACGCCUGACGAAGUCGCCCAUUCGGUGCUGUUCUUGCUCAGUGAUGCCUCGUCGUAUACCACGGGCACGGCCCUGAAUGUGGAUGGUGGAUGGGACCCGUAA